GAACUACAAUGCUUACUUACAACAAAGGAUCAGUGCUUUAAAUAGUUGUUGUUUUUUUUCUCUCUAAAUUUCCAAAAGGGUUUAUUGGUACCAACUUUAGUUUUUAUAGAUUUACUUUGGCUAUAUAAAUAAAAUAGAAAAUUAUGUCUCUCUACCAAUAGCAUUCACUUGUACAUUAAACGUUUUUACAGGUUAAAAACAUUUUAACAUUUCUAAGAAGUCGCUACAAGAUGGGAUGUUCUUCUUCAAAAUCAGAAACUGUUCAUGUUAAAGAUCCAGCAAGGAGUAGACAAACAGACCAGGAGAAUUUAAACCAAUAUCAGAAAAUAGAUGAACAUGCUCGAAAGGCACCAAACAGUGUAAAGAAUUCAACAGAAGAACUGGUAAAUUAUAUGUCGUCUGUUUCCAAGGAUCCUAGAUUGCUGACUAGAGGAUUUUUUAUUUGGAUUUCAGAAAAUAUCAGGUAUGAUGUGGAUGGAUAUUUUGAGCGAGCAAAAAAGGCACCAUGUGAUGCAGAGUCUGUUAUGAAAGGUGGCAGCACUGUGUGCGAGGGAUAUGCCAAUGUUAUGGAGCUGUUAUGCAGGCAUGCAGGAGUUCCGGUAAAGAAGAUCUCUGGAUAUGCAAAGGGUUACGGCCAUUCAGCUGCCAACCCAAUCACCCUGGAGACUGAUACUAACCAUGCUUGGAACGCAGUCCAGCUUGAGGGGAAAUGGUAUCUUUUAGACAGUACCUGGGGUGCUGGCCAUCUUGACACAACAAAUUCCUUCCAAAAAGAAUUUGAAGAAUUUUAUUUCCUGACAGAUCCAAAGCAUUUCAUUUCCACACACUUCCCUUACAUGGAUAAAAAUAUGGAGGAAAGCAAGAAAUGGCAGCUUCUAGCAAAGCCAAUAAGCCUGGAGCAAUUCAACAAAAAUGUAAAAUAUAAACCAACUGCAUUCAAACUAGGAGCCCAGGCAGUAAGUCAUCCACAGGGAUAUGUUGAAAUGAAAAAUGAACUUCAGAUGACAUUCAAAAGUGUAGGAAAGGAAGAUAUUGUAUACAGUGCCAGACUGAUGUUGAAGGAAGAAAAUAUAUUGCAGCAAAAACCAAAUGCUACAUUUGGAUAUCCUGAAAAUGGUCUCUUCAAGCUGUUAAUACAUCCCCCUAAAUCAGGGACUUACAGAAUGAAUGUAUUUGGUCAGGGGGAAUCAGAGGGUAAGCUUCAAGGAAUCCCAGAAUUAAUGGAAUAUACUAUCAACUGCACUGAAGUGAAAGAAAAGGACUUUGAAUAUCCAAUAUCCUACACAGCAGCUGGAAGUGAGAAAACAAUACUGCAUGAACCACUGAGAGGAAAACUACCAGCAAAUAAAGAGGUCAAGUUUCGAGUAUCAGCACCUCACCUUCAACAUGUUAUGGUAGGUGAUACAUAUCUAGAGAAAUCAGGAACCAUGUUUUCAGGAAAUGUAAAGACAGAUACAGCAGGACAGAAAAUUGGCUUAUAUGGGACAAGGGGAGAUAAAUAUGGCAAACUGCAAGGCUUGUAUGCCUUCCAUACUGUGUGACCAGCUGUUACAUAGCACCUGAAUACAGCAGUUUUGUAAUGCAUGACGUUUUACAUUAAUCACCCUUUUUUUGGACCAUCUCUGGUCAGGUGACAAAAUCGACAAAUAAGUAUACAUAAAUGCCCAUGUUCAAAAUACUUAAAUGACUUCAUAAGAAUACUAUAGUUAAACACCGAUCACUUAAGGUCAUAAGAAGCUGAGUAAAAUGCCUGAGUUAUCUAUCCAUAUACAGAAACCAUCAGGAAAAGGGCUGGAUAUCCCAUGGACCUAGUUCUUGAGUCCUCACUGUAAAGAAUAUAAAAAUCUGAAUUUUUUAUUAUUUCUUUUUUAUGUUGUUGCCUUGUAAAUACAUUCUUCUGCUCAAAUACAAUUGUUUUACUUUCCA